AUGGGGGCGGCUUUGAGUUCUGGGAAGCAUCCCCUAAUAGAUUCUUCACUCGUAUUUCCGGCUCCUCCUUCUUCGUACAGCUGCAGCAGCGACGGUUUGCUGCUGUUGCGCUCGCGUUUUGCUGCUGCUGCUGGGGCCCCAGCUGCAGUGCCUGCGUUCCUUGUGGUGCCGUCUCCUCAGUCUCACCUCAAACUUGCUGCUGCUCUGAGGACAGCUAAACUUGCUGCUGCUGCUGCAGAGGCAACCGCGGCAGCAGCAGCUGCCGCUAGUGGCCUACCGCCACAGCAGCAGCUACGCCGGCGGAGCAACAUUGAGGGAGCGUGCGCAGCAGCAGCAGCUGCAGCAGCAAGAGCAGCAACGAGUGAUGAGGAGAGUGAAAGGAAGCAGCAGCUGCUGCAGAAGCUGGAGCAGAAGAGGAAAGAGUUGCAGCAGCAUAUGCUCCUGUUGCAGCAGCUGCACCGCCAACAGAAGCAGCAGCGAGUGUUGCGCCGCCGACAGCCGCGCAAAGCAGCGCCUUCACAUGCACUGGGCUCAACAGCAGCGGCAGCAGAAGCAGAAGAUGAAGAGGGGGAAGCAUCCGCUGUCGAAAGAGCAGCAGCAGCAGCAGCUACCGCAGAUGCGCUCGAGGCAGCUGCAGACUCCACGAGUUCCGAAGCAGCAGCAGCCGCAGAUGAGGGUGCCACAGGAGCGGCAGCACCUGCAGGGUCAGGAGAGGCAGCACCGGCAGCAGCAGCAGCAGCAAAUGGCAGCUAUUGGGAUACGGAGGCCUCGGGAGGUCGCAGGGGAAGCGAUUACUGCAUUCUGUAUUUCCAUGGAAACGCAUGCGAUGCAAACAUGGUUAGAGGUUGGCUGCAAGUCGUCGCUGAUGAGUUAGGCCUCCCCAUUUUGGUGUUUGAAUAUCCGGGGUACGGCCUUCUCUCUGGCCUUCCUUCUUCUUCUGCUGGGGUCGACCGCUGCGCUAAAGUUGCCCUGGAGUUCCUCGUUGAACAGUUGCAGUUUCCACCUGAAAAAAUCAUCCUUUGCGGCAGGUCUAUAGGGACAGGGCCUGCUGCUUACUUGGCCUCGCGUUUGGCCAAGUGCAAUUUGCAGUUGGGGGGCCUCGUCCUCAUCUCGCCUUUCGCGUCUUUGGCGGCACUGGCGGCGGAUAUGGCGGAGCUGCCUGAGCCGUUGGCCCGCCUGGUGGUGACACACCACUGGGACACAGAGGCGGCCUUGCAGCAGUGUCAGGGACUGCCUCUCUGCAUUAUUCACGGCCAGCAAGACGAGAUAAUCCCGGUGUCUCAUUCACGGCGUUUGUUGUCGACCGCCCCGAACUCCGCUGUUCUGCGCGUGUCGCACCUGCCGCCCCACGCGAACCACUCAGUUGGCCUGGAACCCGCAGCAAUGAAGGAAGAGGUGCUGCAACCGCUUCUGCUGUUUCUUCGGAAGGUACGGUGUGCCGCUCGGCUGAAGAGGCAGCAGCAGCUGCACCACAAGAAGCAUCUUGAGGCACAAGCAAGGAGAGCAGCAGCAGCCAAUGCAGCGGCAACGGCUGUGGCUGCAGCUGCUGCUGACUCUCUUGUGGGGCACCUGCAGCCUCAGGUAUCUCGUCUGCUUCGCGAGAGGACCAGCUGCGUAGGCAGAUGGCAGUCGCAGCAGCAGCAGCACCAGCAAGCGCAGCAGCAGCAGAGGCGGCUCCAGCAUUCUGAAAAGACAGCAGGAACAGGUAGUGUCUCGACUAGGCACUGUAUCAGAGCUCCUGUUGCAGCGCGCAGCAUCGGCAGCAGCAGCAGCAUCAAGCGUCACCACUCCGUUGAACCUCGGCUCAUGCGGCCGCUUGCUAUGCAGCUUGCUGCUUCCUUGCAGCAGCAGCAGCAGCAGCAGCCAUUGGUGCACCACCGUUCCCUCAGGCUCUUCUGCACCAGCAGGUUAGAAGCCAGCAACAGCAGCACUGACGAUGACACCUUGGCAGAGAAGGUGCAGCAGCUGCAAAGAGGCGGCGCGGGCCGCGACCGUUCAGGGACAUUAAAUCACACUGCAGCAGCAGCAGCAACAGAAGCGACACUGUCAGAGGCCUCUGACGCUGUAGCAACCGCAACGUCAGCAGCAGAAGCCAAUGUGGCGGAGGUACGGCUUCCCCAGGCCUUCUUCGGCGACUCUGACGGGGAGACUUCUCCUGCAGCUGCUGCAGUAGCAGCAGCGGCAGCAGCGAGCGCUGACUUCCUGGGAGGCGACAGUUUAGACUCGGGAGCAAUGCCAACUGCCUCUACAGCGGCAUCGGCAGCAGCGGCAGCAACAGACCGGAUAAAUGCAGCACGAGCUUUUCUCGCAACCGAAGCAAAAAUCCACAGGCGGCUGCUGCUGGCCUGCAGACAUAUCCAGCAGCAACAGCGCCAGUCUAUGGCGCGACCAAGCACAUUCUUUAAACCUGGAGCAGCAGCAGCAACCCCAGCUGGUGGUUUGGCUGCUUCUUUUGCCACAUCGCCUGAAGUCACUAGGCGUCUGGGGAGCGUAGGCGAAGCAGCAGGUGCAGCAGCAACAGCAGUAGCCCCUGCAGGGAUCGCUGCUGCUGCUGUCGGGUCUACGCAUCCAGCAAGACCGCUUGGAACCGCCGGCGCAGGUACAAGUGCAGCAGGAGCAGCAGCCGCGGGAAGGGGUAUAAGGGCCCCUCAUCUUCCAGCUGUGUGCCCGUAUGUGAAAAGCAGCAGCAGCACCAGCAAUAGAACAGCAGCAGCAGCAACAGCGGCAGCUGCUGCCAAGAAGUUCCUCUCGAGACAGAGGUUGUGUCACUCUGCUGCUUUCGGAGAUAUCUCCAUCCGAAAGCAACCGCCGCAGCAACAGCAGCAGUAUGAGGAGCAUCAGCAGCUGCAGCAGCAGCAGAAACACCACCCGCAGCGUAGAAUCUUAUACUCUCGCAGAACAAUUGGCUCCUCAGCAGCAAGGGCUGUCUCAUUAGCACCCGGCAAUAGGUUCUGGGGCACCACCGCACAGCAGGAGCAUUAG